GAAAAAUAAAAAUAACAAAAGAGUAGAUCAAGUUGAUGACGAACAACAAGAACGAUGACAUCCUCGGAAAUUUCCUGACCAAUACGUUCUUGACUGACUUGUUCUCGCUGGAACUGUCGCUGAAGGUGAUGACUAUCGUCGAACCUCCAGAUCAGUCCGGAGCUGGGAUCGCGUCAGAUAUACUUGAGAAUAUGCAGCCCAAGGGGGAUACUAUUGCACCACUGGAUCAAAUCGUGCAAGCCCAGAAAAAAGUUCAGCAAGCCCUAAAGAAAAAGAGGUACAUUGUCCUAAUCACAGGCUUAGGAGAGGCAGCCACAUGGGAUAAUAUUGAGAAGGCCUUCCCGGAUGGAGGCAAUGGCCGAGUGAUUAUUACCACUUAUCGAUGGGACGUGGCCCUAAAGUGCUCCUCUGGUCAAUCUGACUUGAUCUAUAGGUCGGGGUCUUGGUCUUGUACCAAGGCACCAGAUGUGGUGGUUGAUGAUAAGGCACAGAUGGAAAUUACAGCGUAUGUGGAGGAGCUGCUCCGGAGCUCCGACGACAACCUGACGGCUUGUGUGUUUUCCCUCUCAACAGUACAAGAUGCUAAUGAGUUUGUGUUUGAGAGGGAGAGCAUGGUUAGGAAAUGGAAUGCUGAAGGGUUUACCUCUGCGGAUGAGCACUUGUUUGAUGAGCUCUUUAACAAGCGCUGGAUUAUUCAGCAAGGAAGCAGCAGACACGGGCCAACAUACAAGCUGGACACUAAGUUCCUGUCCGGCCUCAGGAAGGAGCAAAGAACAUUGAUGACGGGAAAAUCCUUUGAGCUUCGUCCUGGCUGGAACAGUGGCUCCAGCUCCCUCAGCGGAAUUGCCCUCGUAGAUAUCUUGGUGUGCCAACUAAAUGAUAAGGAUCUUGAUAAGCUUGGCCAAAUGAAGUACCUCCGGAACCUUGUGCUAGAGAUUGCCGGCAUCCCAACGAAAGUGAUGGUCAUCACCAAAGGUAGCUUCCCGCAGCUCCAGGUAUUUGAGCUCAACUGCCAUGUGCCGUGGGUCACCUUCGAAGAUGGAGCUAUGCCGGAGCUGAGGUGCCUCCGCUUCAAGCUAUACGCCGGCCCAAAAGGUAAGACCCCUUCGGGGACCAAUCACCUCAAGAAACUGGACGAGCUUAGCCUCAACUACGGCACAGCAUACAAUGGAAGCCCCUGCGUCUUGGAGACAACUAGCACCAUGGAGGAAGAAGCUGAAAAGCGUGCCAAGCCGACGACCCUCAUCACCAACAACACGGCAAAAUUACCAAAGCUCCGUGUGACGAAUUAUGACAACAUGAAGGAACUGGUACUGUGGGCACUUAAAAUCACGCUUUUUUUGUUCCACUGCGUCCUUUUUUUGUUCCACUGCGUCCUCACCCCGCUUUUCCCAUUGGCCCACCACUUCCGGGGAGCGCUAGCAAAGAUGACAACGGGGAAACUCCUUUUCGUGAUCCCACUUCUUGCCCUCAUAUGUUACCAUAACAUCAUUCUGACGGCAUGUAGCUGGCUGGCCAGGAGGGUCUUGCCCAUCCUUAUGCUUUUUGCCAUCAAUCGUAAACUAGCGGGCGAUAAAUCACCAUGGGCAAACAUCAUCGUCCCAGUCCUCGCCUACAAAAUGGUAGGCCUCGUCGUCGCCAUUUACCCUUCCUUGUCCAAAGCAAUCCUUGUAUCCUACACCACACUGGUUUGGUCGGUGUGUGCACUCCUGCGCAUUCUCUUGCUCUACAUUCUGACCCCACUUUGGUACACAAUCUCCACCCUUUUAAUUUAUGCUAUCCCAGUUAUCUGUGCUCUCGUCUUGUCCAUUUAUCUGGUUUGCAAGACCAAAAAGGUGCCCCUUGGCAUCCUCCCCGUUCUUGCCCUCCCGUUUUACUUCUUCCCAUCUCAAUCUUACUCUGCCGUAUUGUGGUCAUCAUAUGGGGUCACUGAGUGGCUCAUAUGGGGUAUAUAGCUUUAUUCCACGCAUCUUCAUCCAUGCAUUUACUCUUGAUUUAUUCCAUCCAUGUUCACUCAAUUACAAUGCUGUUAUAUAUAGCCUUUAUCAGUUUGCGGCAUAAGGACGUACGUAGCUAGCUGCUGGCUGACUGGAUUGGCAUAUGUUACGAGAGCAGCAAACUAUUGCAGCCCAUGUAUGCUCAUCAACCAUUCAAUAAAUACUCUAUUUGAGGAUAUGUACUACAUAUA